UCCUACCACUGUCUCUGCUACAUCUCGACGGCGAGAACAAGAGGGUAAGUGUUUUCUCUCUCGUUCGGCAGGACUCAAGCGGCGCGAGACAAACUUUCCGAAGCAAUAUGGCGAGAGGACUGAAAAAGCACCUGAAAAGGCUCAAUGCGCCAAAGCAUUGGAUGCUGGACAAGCUCGGAGGCGCAUUCGCACCCAAGCCGUCCUCUGGCCCGCACAAGUCCAGGGAAUGCCUUCCUUUGGUGCUUAUUCUCAGGAACAGGUUGAAGUAUGCUCUGACUUAUAGCGAAGUCCAGGCCAUACUGAUGCAGCGACAUGUUAUGGUUGAUAACAAGGUCCGGACUGAUAAGACCUUCCCUGCUGGUUUUAUGGGUGAGUCAAACUUCUCAUUCCAUUCCUUCAUUUUCUCUGUUUCCUUCCGAAUUCAGUGGGUUGGACUUGCACAUUUAUAUGGUAUUUUAAUUUUAACGUUUGUUUCCAUUUGGUUGGUUGAAAUAGAUGUUGUCUCCAUCCCCAAAACCAAUGAGAACUUCCGCCUGCUGUAUGAUACCAAGGGGAGGUUCAGACUGCACUCCCUCCGUGAUGAGGAGGCAAAGUUUAAGCUUUGCAAGGUCAGGUCAAUUCAAUUUGGCCAGAAAGGCAUCCCUUACCUGAAUACUUAUGAUGGCCGGACCAUCCGCUAUCCCGACCCGCUGAUUAAGCCGAAUGAUACAAUUAAGCUGGACUUGGAGAGCAGCAAAAUUGUUGAUUUCAUCAAGUUUGAUGUGGGGAACGUGGUCAUGGUUACAGGAGGUAGGAACAGAGGCCGAGUUGGAGUUCUCAAGAACAGGGAGAAGCAUAAGGGAAGCUUCGAGACCGUCCACAUCCAAGAUUCUCAGGGCCAUGAAUUUGCAACUCGUCUGGGCAAUGUGUUCACCAUUGGCAAGGGUACUAAGCCGUGGGUGUCUCUUCCCAAGGGCAAGGGUAUUAAGCUCACUAUUAUCGAAGAGGCAAAGAGGAGGAUUGCUGCGGCUCAGGCUGCUGCUUAGGUAACUUGAAUUUGAAAUGGAUGUGGUUGAAGAAGUUUAUCUAGUAGGAUGAAUGUUGUCCUUCGUAUCCCUUUUCAAGACUUGACCUAAUUUUGCUUUACUAUCAAUUUUGAGUUGGUCUAUGAUGUAUUUUGUGGGAUUUGGAAUUUGCUUGAGCAUAUUUCAGCUUGGUUGUGCUUCUUAGUAUUUCACUUUUAGCGUAGGUCCGGUCAGCCUUAUCCUGUGCCAUCUGCUUUAGUCUCCUCUGCUGCUUCUGUUAAUUUGUUUUUGUUUCUUGUCAAAGGUUUCCAAUAAGGUGAAAAUUUCUUCAUAGAUGAGAAUUUUUUUUGAUAACAAGCUGAUGAACCAAAC